CAUGCGCGAAAGAGUAGAAUCUUGCCGAGGACGAGGUUACAGGAAGCUCGAUACAAACAUGUCGACUGCAAUGAACUUCGGGAGCAAAACUUUUAAGCCUCGUCCUCCCGAGAAGGGUUCUUUCCCCCUGGAUCAUUAUGGAGAAUGCAAACCGUUCAAGGAAAAGUUCAUGAAGUGUUUGAGAGAGAACACAUUUCAAGCCGGUCUGUGCCGGGAGGCAUCAAAGGAGUAUUUGGAAUGUAGGAUGGACAGACAGCUAAUGGCCAAGGAGCCUCUAAAAAAGUUGGGUUUUAAGGACCUCACCAAAGAUCAGACAGCCGAAGAACAAAAGAUAUGAUACUGUUCAUACUCUACCUUGGACUCUCUUUUUUUUUUGGAAUACUUAAUACAUAAGUAUGGACUUUGCCCAGCGUCGUUAAAUGCAAAUAUAAUAAGAUUAUAUGUUUUUAUCAUACAGUUUAUAAAAUGUACUUUGUAUGUAACAGCUGGUUGCACUAAAACAACGCCACAAAAAAGCAUUGUUUUGGUGAAGUUGUUGAAAUGUUCAGAGAUGUAUGUGAUUAAGCAAGCUAUUUAUUAUUUUUCAGUACAAACAAAAAAAAAAAAUCAUAAA